AUGGAAGUCGCUUUGGAGAAAAGCGUCUGCUAAAUGAAGUAAACGUAACCGGCACGCGGAAUGUAGUGCGGAGUUAAACACGGCGCCACCUGUUGGUGAAAAACGUAACAAAGCUUUCUUUCUUAAGAAAUCCUGCCACCUGGUGGUGAGAAUUUAGAAUUUAGAAUUGAUUUUCCGACGAACAUUAGUAUGUUUAUUGCGAAGCUGUGGAUUAAAGGCGGAGGAGGGAGGUGCUUGGACUCCAGCCUGUUGUUCAUUCUACAUUUCGCCUACGUGCGCAGUAUAGCCAUCCAUUUAUGACAUGACAUGACAUAUAAAAAGUCGGCGACCAUUGUCUCACUAAGGAGCUGAAUCAUCAUGUGCAUGAAUUAAACCCUGUCCUGUAGGUAAUAAUAAAACAGUACAGUGGGAUCUGCUGUAUAAAUUAGUGCAUACAAAUAGUGACAUGUUUCAUUUAGUUGUAGACGCGAUGUCGAACGUUAUAAUAAACGAGUCACACUUGUAGGAUUUGCGGUGUUCCGUUGUUAUAUACUAGCGGGUUAUGUACGCUGACUUGGGUCCGUCGUCACAAGAGGGACUUCGGAGGGACAGAAGCGAAGGGGGAGGCCGACGGUUCAGCGGGAAUCAGUCCGAUUUCUGCAGCUUUCGGCAGAAUAAAACCGCCGGGUCUCCUUCGCACCUACAACGUCACGAAAACACUUUGCUUUUUCCUCUCGCUCAUCGCAACGAUCGCGACGCGGCCGCUGUGUGUCUCCGCUUUCCGGCCCGUCGCGUCCCGUCGCGUCGCGUCGCGCCCGUUUUAUCCGACCGGCGCCGCGAUGGAGCGCAACGGGAGCCGUGGAGCCGCGUGUCUGCAGGAGCCUCCGAGCUCCGAAGUGCUCAUUUCCAACAUGGACAUGACCAUGGGCUCCCUGUACGCAGUCCUCACGUUGAUGGCUGUGGCUGGAAGCCUUGUGUACCUGGAGGAGAUCAUCUACAUCACCAGGAAAAUCAGCCCUUCUUACAAGCGAACCACGUACAUCUGGGUCACCGGGGCCGCACCCGUAAUCGCAGCCACGUCGUGCAUCGGCAUGUGGAUACCGCGCUCAUCCAUGUUCACAGACUUCACCGCCUCCAUAUACUUCACCAUCUGUCUGCACAAGUUCCUGGUGAUGAUGGUGGAAGAGUAUGGUGGCGAUGAGGCCUGUGUGCAGCGGUUGCAGGGGGUGCCGCUGAAGACCAGUACUGGUCCUUGCUGCUGCUGUUGCCUCUGCCUACCACCACUACACAUCGGCAGAAGAAGCCUGACGGUGCUGAAAUGGGGUACCCUGCAGGCGGCUCUCCUUCGGCCCACGCUCAUGUUCUUUGCCAUCGUCCUCUGGACCAACGGCACGUAUCAGCAAGGGAAGAUGAAGGUGAACGGUGCUUUCCCGUGGAUAACGGCGCUAUCUGUGGCUACGUUCAUUCUCUCACUGUGGCCCAUAGGAAUUCUGUUUUCCCAGGCCAAGUCGAACCUCUCGAAACACAACAUUGUGCCAAAGUUCGCCCUAAACCAGAGCGUGGCAAUUCUCAGCCAGGCCCAGGGUGGCGUUAUAAGUUUGCUGGUCAGUACAGGAACAAUUGUGUGUGCCCCUCCGUUCUCUGCCCGUGCAAGAGGAACAUUCAUGCAUCAGCAGCUCGUGGUGAUGGAGAUGUUCAUCGUCAUAUUGGUGGCGCGCUUCUACUACAGACGGCGCUACAAUGACCACGGCAUUGAAAAGCCCUUCACCAAGCCUCUUGCCAAGGAGAAUGUGCCAGGAGAUGCAGACAGGCAGGAUGGAGGUGUCUUCAUGCAGCCUUUGGUCAGCUCAACCCACUGGGUUUGACCAGCACUGAUGUAGCUCAUUUUCCUUCACCUCCGUCCAAAAAGUACUACAUUUCAGUAUCAUCCUGUUGUAAAAUCAACACACUUGAAUCUUGUUGAUCCAGUAGGAUCUCCAUGGAAUAAAAUGAAUUUCCAUAGGCGAUUUAACAAUUUUAUCUGAUACAUAUAGAAUGUUUACUAUGUGUUUCUAACACUGUGAAGUUCAGCAGUGCUGUAAAAAAUAGCCUGUUCAAAACAACUCAAGUUAUACAUUAAAAAGUACAUGUAUUGCUUUAUUUAAGAAAAAAAAAAGAAAAAACAUCAUCCCCUAUGAACACAAGGGUAUCUCUAUGGACAAGGAUUUCUUUACGCGAAUGCACCGCUGAGGUGUUCGGUUGUUCGCCGAGCUCGGCAUUUAGGUUGCAAACGUUUCAUCACCGGUCGAGGU